AAAGAGGCCACUAUCUCAUGUUACUAUUUUUCCAAUUAGGUAAAAUCCACAGUAAUAAUGACUAAUAAUUUUUCCUACCCAAUAGGAGGAUAUUCAUAUACACUUUGUAAUUGACUACUAUUUUGUCCAAGAAAGUAAAUGCACCAUACUAAGUCAUUCCUAAUUUGCCUUGAUGUAAUCGGACGGUCCUCAUUUAUUCUACCAAAUUAAGAAACCAAUCCUAGCCGUUGGAUCAACAAAGUCGAGGGUUAGUCCACACAGUGUCAGCACACAUCCUCCGCGCCUCCAUUCUCCCCCUGUUCUUAUAUACUUCUCACACUCCGAAUUUCAAGCUCCCUUUUUGCCUCUUCUCUUCACCGGGAAACCGCUUUUUAAUCCCCCCGAAGCGGUUUUCCGUAUCACCUCCUGUCCAAACCUUCGAAAAUCCUACUGGAUCACGGCCUCCUUGUUUAAGGGUUGCGAUUCAAGUUCUGUUUUAUCGCCCUUUUCGGUCCCUUUUCUAGGUUAGAUCUGCUUUGAUGUUUGUUCCCUGAAGCUUUUGUGUAUGCUUUUCUUUUUCCAACGUUUAUGUAUGUGGUUUUUGUUUUCCCUACGUUGAUUUUGAACGCUUAAACCCUCUCUUUUUCCCUCCAGUUAGCAGUAAAACGAAUUUUCUUUGUUUUUCCUCCAUCGUGUAUGCCUUUCUUCUAGUUUUCGUUUAAUUUUGGGCUGUACUAUUUUUGCUUCGUCUCCUUGUUGGUGUGCUUCGAAAAACCGUUUACCUGAAUUUUGUUUGUAUUAAAAGUUAGGUUUUAGUCUUCUAGGUCACGGGUUUUGGUCCAUUUGACGUUGUUCUUUUAAUAUCUGAAAUGGGAUUUCAAUGGAGUUGAACGAUUUUCUUUUUUGGCCCCAAAAUAUCUGUAUUACUUUGAUUGUUUACUCGCUGUUUUUGUGUUUUCCUUAUUUUUAGGGCGGAUAUGAAAAAGAUCCAUUUCGCUUUCUAUGCCUGAUUUCAGAAACCAUUUUAAUGUUGUUAUUAUUUUUCAUGGCUUGUGAUUAUUGGAUUGUCAUUUUCGUUUUACGGUGUAUUACUUCUUUAAAACCGUGCCAUUUUCAUCCAUUAUUUAAUAUAUUAAUAACAUAUAUGCUGUAGAUUUUAUUUUUUAAUAAUAAGGAACAAAGAAUCAUGAAAUAUCUUUUUGCGCACUUGGGGAGGAAUGGAAUCUCCUUUUGAUUGGGUGUGUUUAUGUGCAACUAUCUCAGAGUUUUCCUUUGUUUUCUGAAAUUUAUCUUUUCCUUGUUUGUUUAUGUUGACUCUCUUUUGAAAUUUUUGAAAUUUUAAAGACUUGCUUCUGAUUUAUGUUUUUUUUGAAGGUUUUUUCCUUUAGCUGAAAGAAACCCCUUAUUGUGAUUAAAAAUACGGAAUUGUUAUCUGUCACUCUGCGUGUUGUUUAAUUCUUCUGUUUGUACUUAUUCUUGGUUGUUUUUCCAUUUCAGGUUUGGUUCCUUGUGUUGAAUAUCGAAGAUGGCAGGAGAGAGGACAAUUGAGAAUUGUAUCUUUUGGCUGAGAAUAUUUCUGUGUUUUAUUGUAGACUGUACUUGUUUGUCUCCUCAUUUACAUUAUGUAAAAUGUACAUGUUUUGCUGAAUAAUGUAAAAUAGCUUUCCUUGAUUCAAUCUGUAUUGUACAAAGAGUAUGCUGAUGCCUGAUUUAUUCCUUAGCUGAGAAUGGAAAUUGUUGUGAAGACUUGAAAAUCUUGUGUUUCUGAUUGUUAUAUUCCAGUCUGUUUGUUUACUGGUAGCUUAGUCUUGGAGUUUGCGUUUUUCUGUUGUAUGUUCUUAUAUCUGUUGCAUAGUUUCUUAUUGUUAUAUUUUUGUUGCAUAAUUUCUUACAGUUGAUUUUGGGUAAGUACAUAUUCCUAAUUGAUUUUUAGUCCUUAGCUUCUAAUGAUCUAAAAUAAACUGGAGGCUUACUUGUGGUUUUUCCCUGAAUCCAAUUGUUUAUAUGCAUUUGAGUAUGAUCUAUACACGCUUGAACCUGUGUUGAAUGUUCCUUUUGCUGACUUAUUUUGCGAGUGCUAUAAUGUAGUAGUCAUUUUUAACUAUGUGAACCAUAAAUGAUGAACCUCACUUAUAUGGCUUUUCCAAAGGUUUUUGGUUCUUAGUUUGGAUUCUUUUCCUUUUCUCUGCAAAAAUUGAAAUUUCUUUCGCUUAGUUUUUGCUGAGUUAUUCUUGCCCUGAUGAGAUGCAUCUUUAAAAGAUUAUGUUCCUGAGAGCAUCUGGUUGUCACUUAACCUUGUUCCCAAGCUGAGCCAAUUGUUCAAGUAUUGAAGCCUGAUGCCUCUGCCUUGAAAUCUGAAAAGGACAUGGCUUCAAGAAAAGAUGGCAUAGCCUCAGAUGCGACUUCUCCUCUGCCUUUGUUGGGGGAUGCUGCAUCUGGCCUUAAGGGAGACACAGACAAGAAAUCAGAUGCAGAACAAGGAGUUUAUCACCCACCUGCUAGCUGUUACAAUUAUUACAUCCCAGGGUAUAAUGGAACCUAUAGUCAAUUGGAUGAUCAAGGUUAUCUAACUAUGGGUGGUGGUUCAUACGGGGCUGUCCCAACUGAUCUUUACUAUUUCCCCGGGUAUCCUUAUAAUACUGGAUACAUGGGCGCUGAUGGAGAGAACCCCUAUUGCUCCUCAGGAUAUCUUCAGCAGCCAGUUUCUUAUGGAUCUGAUGCUCUGCAGUCUCAAUCAUGGGAUUCUACUUAUGCUGGAGAUGUGAACAAUAGGGCUGUCAACAAGACCGAAGAUGUAAAAUCUGCAUUUAGCCGAAAUGGUGUUAACUCCAGUACUAUUAACUCUUCAAAGACAAUGAACUCAUCAACUGUGCCGUUGAAUUCAAAAGCUCGAAAAUUUACAGUCUCAUCUGAUUUUUCAAAGUCAUAUUCUCAGGCUAAACCUCUCAAGCCACUGAACAAACUAGGUUCUGGGUUCCAAUCAAUGGAUAGUUUUAAUGGAUUUUACCCUGCUGGAAAGUUCUCUGGAUAUGGUAAUCCCCAACGAGGAGUGUACAAUUAUAUGCAUUACAGUCCAAUGCACUACCAAACUCCGGGUAGGAUGUGGAAUAGCAACCAGAGAUUCAAGCCAAAAACUAGUUUUCGGCGAGAUGGAGAAAACGAAGGUUUAAAUGAGCUAAGUCGUGGUCCUAGGACAUCUGGUAAGAGUGACCCUUCGAAAGAAUACACUGAGGAUGAGCAACUGGGGCUGGCUGCUCGUCGGGAUAAGUACAAUUUGGAAGAUUUUCAGACCGAAUAUGGGAAUGCCAAGUUCUUCGUGAUCAAGUCAUACAGUGAAGAUGAUAUUCACAAAUGUGUCAAAUACGAUGUCUGGUCUAGUACUCCAAAUGGAAACAAGAAACUUGAUGCUGCUUUCCGUGAGGCAGAGGCGAAAGCAUCUGAAACUGGCACAAAGUGUCCAAUAUUCCUCUUCUUCUCUGUGAAUGCUAGCGGACAAUUCGUAGGUGUAGCCGAGAUGAUUGGCCAGGUGGAUUUCAACAAAAAUAUGGACUUCUGGCAGCUUGACAAGUGGAAUGGUUUCUUUCCGUUGAAGUGGCAUAUUGUUAAGGACCUCCCGAAUAAUUUGUUGAAACAUAUUAUUCUCGAAAACAAUGAAAAUAGGCCUGUUACCUUCAGCAGAGAUACACAGGAGGUUGGACUAAAGCAAGGGAUAGAAAUGCUUAACAUUUUCAAAAGUUAUUCUGCUAAGACAACGUUGCUAGAUGAUUUCCUGUUCUAUGAAAAUCGCGAGAAGACUUUAAAAGCUAAAAGAAUCUCAAAGCCCACGCUUCAGAAUGGUGUAGUGAAGGCUGAUGAUAUUUCGGUGAGACUUCUGUCCAUUUUCUAUGUUUGUGUGGCAACAUGAAUUCUUUUUUUCCUGAGUCAUACUGGAGAAUCUUUGUUAUAAGCUUGGAGGGGGUGUAGCAUUACCUUUCUGCUGUUGCUUUUGUUGCCUUCUUGAUGCAAACACUGAGCUUAUGUAGUCAACCAUAAGAUCAGUUCUGUAGAAAGUCUAAUCAAUGUGCUACUUUUGUAUCCCUUCUUCAGUACAUGGCUGAGUGGUUUACUCAUUUGUGGUGGUUUUGAAUUGCAGGUUGAUGUCAACGGAGGCGAGAGGGUAAAUGAAGAAGCUCUGAAAAUUAACGGCAGCGCAGAUCUGAUGCCAUCACUCGUCAGUCUGACUAAAGACCUUACAAUCAGCGCAUGAAUUAGGUAGAAGACUAAAAGGUGCUUCCAAGAGGCAGUUUUCAGGCAGUUAUUACAGGAUUACGGUUUGCGCAGUUUUUGGUUAUUGGGGGGUUAUCGUAUUGAAUCUAGCCUUUAUAGGAAAAUAGUAGCUUGGCGGUUUUUUCCUCUUUUUGGUGUAAGAUUUGGUUAGCUGGGUUGGUCUUGGACUCUUGGGCAUAGAACCCUCCUCCCUCUGGUUAGGGAAAAUAUGAAUCUGUUUUAUGUCCUUUCUCUAUUGCCUUCUUCUUUUUCUUUUUCCCCUUUAUUUUUUAUCCUUUUUCAGUUUUCAGCCCUAAUGCUUGAGAAGAAUGAAAAUUCCUAUGUUGGUAGUUUGUCCUUUUUUUUCUCCCCCCAUCCUGUCGUGUGAUUUUCUUGGUCUCUUUCGAAGUAAUGUUUUCUUUGCGAAUAGUUUCGAGGUCUCUUAUGUGUUUUUUGCGGAGCUGAAAAAUAUUCAACUGAGCUCAUGUUGAGCACAAUUGAACCUCUCUUGAUUGUAUUUUUCAAUUUAUAAGGUAAGAGAUUAUAUAAAGGAUUAAGAAGAGAAGAACUCCGUAAGCUUGCUUGGGUUUUUUAAUAGAAGGUUUGAACUAUCUUUUAUGUAUAUCUCAUAAAUAACAAUAAAGAAAACCCCAAAAUUUGAUAUGUUAAUUUUCAUUUGUAACCACUGGUUGAAAAUUGUCUAUGUGGAUUGAACAAAUCCCAGUUGUAAAGUAAAAUCAUCAUUCGAUUACUGGUCGUAUUUGGAUCCCUCAACUCUCAAUAUAUCUUUGAGUUGAAUAUAUAUCCAGUUUCAACUACAUAUUUGCAGUAGAAACUUCAUGGUUUCAAAUGCAUUGGAGCUUGGUAAGAAGGGGAACAUCAGACCAAAAUUCAUUUAUAUAUGGCUCCUGUUUUUCAG